GGCCACUCCUCCCUCGCGGCCCACCUGGCUCACUCGCUCGCUCGUUCGGGCUCCAAUCCUGGUCCAGGCCUGGGCCUAGCUCACUUGUUUGGUUUCCCUCACCAUCCCCCCCACGCGCGGCAGGAGCGGGACGGGCGCCCGGCCGGAGGCCAUGGAGAUCGGCACCGAGAUCAGCCGCAAGAUUCGGAGUGCUAUAAAAGGAAAGCUACAGGAACUGGGAGCGUAUGUGGAUGAAGAGCUGCCUGAUUAUAUCAUGGUCAUGGUGGCCAACAAGAAGAGCCAGGAGCAGAUGACGGAGGACCUUUCCCUCUUUCUAGGAAACAACACUGUGAGAUUCACUGUAUGGCUUCAUGGUGUGCUAGAUAAGCUUCGGUCUGUAACUACAGAACCUACCAACUUAAAAUCUUCUGAAUCGAACAUCUUUGAGAGCAGUUUGCCUUCUGUCAAAAGCAUUUCAAGUGGAAAUGAGGAGAGAUGUGGGGAGGAAGUCCUACUGCCCCUUACAGUCUCAAGUUCUCGACCAGAAAGGAGUGACUCUCGAGUUUCAACCAGCUCCCAGGAACAGAAAAUUGCUGCCUCCCGGCAGCCUUGCCAAGACAUCUCCCCAUCUCUCCUGAUGUCAACUGUGAAACCUCUCAGGGAGCUGUCCCCCUUGGAAGCUGUGAUCGACAUUAAGCCUGAGCCGGAUGACCUCAUUGAUGAAGACCUCAAUUUUGUGCAGGAGAAUCGGCUGCCCCGGAAGAAGCCUCUUGUGACGGUGACUUACGGUUCCUCCCGCCCAUCUGCGGAAAUUUACCGCCCACCAGCAAGCCGAGGUGCAGAAGGCAACAUGCACUUUCAGAGAAUGCCACAACAGAGUAGCAUACAGACUGGCAAGCAGCUUGACAUGCAGGGCGGCAGGUCACUGGAAGCCGUCCAGCUCUGCGAUCCAGACGUGUCUGACAGCUUGGCUGAGAGUUACAGGCCCACUGCCAAAGGGAAUGCUGAUAAAAUUAGCAGUGAGGAAGAAAACUUGAGGAAGAGAAAACUCCCAGUUGUAAGCUCUGUAGUUAGAGUGAAACGGUUCAGCAACGAUGGAGAGGAGGAGGAGGAAGAGGAAGACUGUGGACUCCGCCUGGGAGGCAUCUCCAGCAGCGUCUCUGUGCCUGCAAAACCUGAGAGAAGGCCGUCGCUGCCACCUAACAAACAGGCCAAUAAGAAUUUAAUAUUGAAAGCUAUCUCUGAAGCCCAGGAAUCUGUUACAAAGACAACAAAUUAUUCUGCAGUGCCAGCAAAGCAGACAGUUCCUGUGGCUCCCAGAACCCGGACAUCUCAAGAAGAAACCUUUCUGGAAGUGAUGCAUGGCCAGAGCCGGCCAUCCAGAGGGAACUCCCAGAUACAGGAAGAGGAGCCAAAGGAACAAGCAUUAGGGAGACUUCCAGGAACCCAGCAAAGGCAGCUCUUUUCCCGUCUCCAGAUCGAACCAGCCAUUGGAGAAGCAUUACAAAAGGCACAAGAUUACUAUGACUUGGAAUCGAUGGUCCACACGGACACCAGAUCGUUUAUCUUGAAGAAGCCCAAGCUGUCCGAGGAGAUAAUGGUGCCCCAGAAUCUAGAAGUGGGUAAGAGGGCCACGGAGGCCUUACAGGCACUCUCAGGACGGCUCAUACAGACAAGGGAGCAGCUUGUGCAGCCAGAGAAGCCUGCUAGUCCCAAGUUCAUAGUCACCUUGGACGGAGUCCCCAGCCCACCAGGAUACUUGUCUGAUCAAGAGGAGGAGGAAAUGAGUCUCAUGGAAGGAGUAAGGCCAGUUGCCCCCAAAGCAACAGCCAACAAGGGAUUAAGAAGCCUUCGUGCGCAACAGAUGCACAUUAUAUCCAGACAGCUGGAGAGCACCGAUGUGGAGAUGGAGGAUGUUGGUGCCCUGCACAAAGCGGAAAAAGUACCCGAGCGCUGCAAGUAUUGGCCCGCCUGCAAAAAUGGAGAUGAAUGUGCCUUCCAUCACCCCACAUUGCCGUGCAAAGUCUUUCCCAACUGCAAAUUUGCUGACAAAUGCUUGUUCAUCCAUCCGAAUUGUAAAUACGAUGCUAAGUGCACCAAGCCAGAUUGCCCCUACACUCAUGCCAGCCGACGGACCCCACUGCCGCCUCCUAAACCAGCUCCACCUCCAGCACCGCCAACAUCUUCUAACAGCCAACUCUGUCGAUUCUUCCCUGCUUGUAAGAAAAUGGAAUGCCCUUUCUACCAUCCCAAACAUUGCAGGUUUAACACUCAGUGUACCAGAGUUGACUGUACGUUUUACCAUCCUUCUGUUUCUGUACCACCACGUCAUGCCUUAAAAUGGACCCGAACCCAAACUAGUGAAUAAUUUGCACAACCCCAUAAUUCACCAUUGUACAAUGAUGAGCAGAUACUCACUGAUGGAACAAGAUGCUGUAAAAGCUAUUUCAUAUGCCAGGCCUUGAAUCUAUAUUGUUUCAUAAAAUGAAGUUGAUUGCCUACUUGAAAUGUGAAAUUUUCAAAGCUUGUAUAUUUAAUAACUGGUUUUACAUAUUUUUACUGUAAAAAAUGUCAGUAGGGAAGAGGAUUUUGCUUUAACAUUAAUAAAAAUGUCAAGGCAUGGUUAUUAUUAUACUUAUGUUGGGCCAAUAAGUUUCUCCUUUUGCUCACAAUUUUACAAAUCUCCUUUGGACCAUCCAUUCCAAGACUGGAAAAAAUUACUGCAUUACAAAGAAAUGGUUUGUUUUGGGAAAUCGUUGUUAAAGUAAUAUAACCCAUAUGUGCUUUAAAGAAACCAUCAUCUUCAGUAUAGAUUACCUCACCUUCUAGAUUUUUCUUUUUUGCCAUUUAAAUUCAUUUUCUAGGAAACAGUAAGCAAGCUCUUAAAAGUAGGAAAAUGUUACCAAUUUAAUGACAUCUAAAGUACAGUGGUGCCCCGCAAGACAAAUUUAAUUCGUUCCGUGAGUCAAUUCGUUUUGCGAAAAAUUCGUCUUGCAAAUCGCGGUUUCCCAUAGGAAUGCAUUGAAAUUUCUUUUUUGCGCAUAGGAACGCAUUAAUUAAAUUUCAAUGCAUUCCUAUGGGAAACCGCGAUUCGCAAGACGCAUUCGUCUUGCAGGGCAUUCGUCUUGCGAGGUACCACUGUAUGUGGAUUGUGAUAGGUCUGGGUCUGGUCAGUGCCUGAAUGAGAGAACAGCGGGGAAGAAAGGCAAGAUAUAAAUGGAAUAAAUUAAAUAUAACUAUUUUGAAUGGAAAUCCGGCUGUUGGAGAGAUAUAAAAGCAGGUCAGCCGUCAGCACCCCAUGCCAACAGACUGAAUUUCCCCCUCCCAGUUUAUGAAGGGGUCAGGCAGCUACAUGAAGGGGUCAGGCAGUUAGUACUUGUGUCAAAGCUUGCUACAACUAGCAUUUGAAACCAGAUUUUAAAGUUUGGCUGUAAACCUGGUUAAGGUAGAGUCUGGCUAGCUGUUAAGUUAUUGACGUAUCCUUCAGCUUUGCUUUAGAAUUCACUCCUGGAAGGUAGUUUGUAUGGGGGAAAGAGCAUUCUGUCUUUUAACUGCUGUUUAGGGAAAGGCCUAAAUUGUAUCUGUUUCCUUCAUUGCAGUUAGUCUGGAUGGCUAGUCUCAGGAGCGAAGGAAUAUGGACAGGCCUGCUAAUAAGUUGUAUUGAAGUAUUGGUUUUCCUUGAAACAGUACUCUGCUAUAAUUAUACAUAGGUAUAUCCUGAAAUCUAAAAGGCAGAAAUGGGUGUUCUUCUGGGCUUCUUAGGGUGUAAUAUAAAAGAUUAAGCAGUAACAUAAAUGUAUUUUUUAUUAAAUCUUUUGUAUCUUUUGGGGAACACAUUUUCACAAAAAUAUACAAAAGAUAAUAUUCUGUACAAAUAUUUACAUUAGAUAUCGGAAAACAAAAGUUAACUCCACAUUUUAAACUCAAGUUUGACCAAUAUAUUCUUGAAUUCUGAAAUUUAACAACCGAGGAAAUUAUUUCAAAAUCUUUCUUUUCAGAUUUUUUUAAAUAAAAAACUUGAUUUAUGCAAAAAAAAAGGCUUAACUGAUACACUUUUUAAAUAACAAAUUCUAAGAUUAUUUGAUCACAGGGAUUAGCUCUUUAUGAUGAAAACCCAAAAGAGAACACAAUUUGCUACUGUAAUAAAGGUCACAGUUAAGAUA